AUCUUGGCCGCUUGAUGCUCCGCUCGCGUUACACAAGAAAGCAUGAAGUCCAGCCUCUUUCAACGGCGAGUCUUUGCCACGCUCUGCCUUCCAAUCAGCACCAUAGCACAGAACUGCAUCACGAACGUCACCGACGAUGCGCCAAAUCCCGAAGAAAAGCGCCUCGAUGUCCUCAGCCAGGCGGAUCUCGACCACCUCACCGGAUGCACGAGCAUCACCGGCCAGAUCGUGAUCGGGAUGAACUACACAGGCCCGUUUACGCUCAACGAGGUUACGGAGUACACAGGGCGGAUCCGGAUGGAUCCUGUGUGGUUCUCGCACAACAUGACCUCGUUUGAGAUGCUCGAUGUUUUGAACGUGAAUGGCUCUGUUAAGCUCUAUGAGACGCCCCAGGUGCGACUCCCAAGUGUCCAACGGAUAGGUUCGCUGUUCCUCAGCUCGUCGGCUGGAGGGGAGCUCGAUGCUGGUGCACUGCUGAAUGCCAGUUCGGUCAGGCUUGAGGGGCCUUGGUCUAGUGUGAAGCUGGGUUCGUUGAGGAAUAUCUCCGAGUCUCUGCACGUCUGCAGCAAUAUCGACUGUAAGAUGGAGGGCGCAGGAUACGCGACCGGUCGCCGUCGUCAGAUUCUGCUGGAUAGUCAGACGUUUGUUGAUUUGCCGGUCCUUGAAUCUGCUACGUAUAUCGGCAUCAACGGUAGUAUAACCAAUAUCUCAAUGCCGCGCCUGAGUAGCAUUGGUGUCGGCGAAACAACACCUUGGGGCGAGGGAUUCGACCUUGUUGUCCGGAAUGAACCUCUAGAGAUUGAUCUUCCUGCCUUGGACACGGUGGCAGGUUCGUUUCUGGCCAUGGGAUCUAUAUCAAGUAUCAAUCUCCCAAACCUCGUCGAGGCUAGAGCUCCAUUCUUCAUUCAAACCGACAUAUCCUCGGAUAUACGCCUUCCCUCUCUCCAAAAUGCACGGCGAAUGGACAUCCACGGCCAAAUUAACUACGUCGACGUACCGGUACUUAGUGAUAUUUACAGUCUCAGCAUCACCUCCUCAAUUCCCUACCCCUGCACCGAUGCCCUGAACAAGCUAUACGAAGACUUCAACAAUGAACACCGGUACCUCACCAGUUCUAGGGAACUGGAAAUCACAUCCUGCGAACCGUCAAUAGUCUCCCCCUCGACAUCACCGGUAUCUUCCGAGGGAGAUUCCGUUAACGACGGUGGAAAGGGCCUGCCACAAAGCGCCAAAGUAGGCAUUGCUAUUGGGUGUGUCAUUGGGGCGUUGGUUAUCCUUGUAAUCUUUUUCAUGGCGGUACGGGGUAAAGUCGGUCAAAGAGUUUUGAAUGAAGGUGGUGGUACUGGUGGUGGUACUAAUAGGGAUGGAGCUAUCGAUGGAGCUAUCAAACCUGGAGGAGAUGGGAAUGCACCGCCACCACCGCCUUAUUCGAGGGAACCGAUGCCAGAAGAGACUGUUGUUUCGCGGUGAGGUAGUGUAGGUUGAUAUGUUUAUAAACACUGUAUAUAGAUCUGAUAAUUAUGCGUACAUAGGCCAUUUGAGGCACAGCCCUUUUUAUGUCAUAUAGUAGCACUAAGUGACAUUCAAUACUUAAGUAUCA